AAUGAAAAACGGCCACCAUUUCAUUGAUACAGUAGAAUGGGGUGUAGUUAGAUUUAUCAUUUAGUUGGUUCUAUUAUUAUAUGCAAUAUAUAUAUCUUUACUGUUUUCUUAACAACUUUUUUUAUUUGUGUUUCGAUAUAUUGUCACAUAUAACGUAGACUGAAAAUCAUUUUUUAAAUAUAUAAAUCAUAUCAAUAGAAACUAUCGGUUAGAAAUUAUCACACGAGUUGGCAAUCGCGAAUCAACGAGUAGAAGAACCCAAAAUAAUAAGAGUAACAAAGAAUAAUAAGUGACGUUAGCAAACGACAGUCAUUCGGGAAUCUGAUUAAUCGCAGAACUACCAAUAAAAAAUUAAUAAAAUCAAGAAUUACAAAUUCUAUAGAUUUCUCAUGAUAGUGAAACGAAACAGGCAAAGUUACAGACAACAGGGCAAUUAGACAAUGAUGAAAACCCUCAUUUACAAAUACCAUAGGAACCAUAACCUAGCACGAAAAUCAUAAACGUCAAGAACCAUGGAAAACUAACGAGAAAUCCUAUAAAUUCCUCAGAAAAGGCGACGGUGUGCCCAGAAUCCCCACCCCUGUCGCCUGACUCUCGUUGUAAACAAAAUCGAGGGUUGAGGGUGAGGAAGAGGGCGAGUGGAGGGGGCAGGUACAACGGAGGUGGUGCGAGAGUGCUAGGUGUCGGUGGUACUCGUCAGUAGCACAGCGGUCACAGAUCCUUUCGGAACAGAAAAGCUGUCCGACCUGAGCCGACCAACACUAAUCCUCGGCUUCUCUUCGUCAUCCUGACGAUGGACUGGCAAUUGACCAUCGACAUCUUCGUCGAUCAAAAUCGAUAAACAGAAAAGAGACAUCGUCGUUCAAGAUCUUCCUCUCUAUCGGCCGAUAAGGAACAGGGAAAAUUGCAGAAUCGCAAAGUAAUACCAUAAAAGUGUAUACGAGAGUCUUCUGAUAAAGUGUUCGAUUGUUAGCCUUCUCUGUUUCGAGUGUUGAAUACAAAGAUAAACAAGUUGAAAGAAUAAAGAAGGUUUGAAAGGGUGGUCGUUGAGCAACGAUCAAUGGUCGAUUGGCUGCGGCGGAUCGAGAGCAGCCGCGAUGCCAACGUUACACCGGUCGUUGACACAGAUAGUCGCUUGAAAUUCGGUUCAGUGUCCAGCUACUGCAGUUGAUCCAGGGAUUCGGUAGCACGGGUAGAGGGAGGAUGAAGGCUGAAAGCAACAACGGAUACCUGAAGGCGAGCGUGAUCGUCGAGCAGAAUGAGAUAACCGGAGGUUCCGGCCAGGAGACGUCUACCACCAAUCACCUUCAGGUGACUUAUGGUCCCCGUGGAAACACUACGACGACGGUUCUGCAGCAUUCAGGAAACAAUCGGAAGCCUCUCGGAAUAACGCGCGCGACGUCGAUCAGACGAAGAGGGCCAGCCAACAGGCAGCAAUUGCUCGGUGUGCUCGCCGUCACUCUUCUUGCCACUUGUCUUUUCAUUCUACUGCUAUUGGCGUUGAACACGAGCCGCGAAUGCGUGCAGGAGCCCCGUCCAAACAUUUGCAUGACAGAGGAAUGCGUAACAACAGCUGCCAGUUUAUUAUCAGCGAUGGAUCGCACAGCAGCACCAUGUGUCAAUUUCUUCCAGUACGCGUGUGGCACGUGGAAUCGUCGUCACGUGAUUCCAGAAGAUCGAAGCUCGAUCAGCACGUUCGAGGUACUGGCCAAUCAGCUUCAAGUGAUUCUGAAACGCAUCCUGGAGGAAUCACCGAACGCCGAGGAUAACAAUGCUACUCUGAAGGCGAAGAUGUUCUACAAGUCAUGCAUGGACAUCCCUCGUAUAAGGAAAAUCGGUGACGCGCCAUUGAAGAGGACGCUGAAAUUCCUUGGCGGCUGGCCAGCGGUGGUUGGACCAUCCUGGAAGCCACCACCAUAUCCCGUCGAAGUUUUAUUAGGUCGAUUACGAGGGGAAUACAACGAGGGAGUAUUGCUAGAACAGUGGGUCGGUCCGGAUGACAAAAACUCCUCUGCCAAUAUCCUCCAGCUGGAUCAGAUGCAAGUGGCGUUGCCAAGUAGGGACUACUACUUGAAGAAGAGCAGCGAGGCUCAACUUAAGGCGUAUCAUCGCUAUAUGACGAACGUUGCCGUGUUGCUUGGUGCUAAUCCACAAACCGCUGCCGAAGAAUUCAAUCGCGUGAUCAAUUUGGAGAAACAGUUGGCAAAUGCGUCGAUACCGGAGGCUGAUAGACACGAUACAUCUGCCAUUUACCGGAAGUUGACGCUGCGCGAGCUGCAGCGUGAAAUUCCGCAGCUGAAGUGGCGCGAAUAUCUUCAAGAAUUUAUCAACUCGCCCAUAACAGAAGAGGAGCCGAUCGUGGCAUACGCCAUGCCAUAUUUUAUGCAAAUGGGCCGUAUCGUGCAAAGAACGGACCGCAGAACGCUACAUAAUUACAUAUUAUGGAGAUUGGUGAUGUCGAUAAUGCCUCACAUGAUCGACGAGUACCAGCAGAAAAGGGUGGAAUUCCGGAAGAUUCUGUUAGGCAUACUGAGCGAGAGAGACAGAUGGUCCCAAUGUGUCGAAUGGACGAACAAAAAGCUUGGCAUGGCUGUGGGUGCACUUUUUAUUCGUGACAAUUUCAAUCACGAGAGCAAGGAGACAGCACUCGAAAUGAUUCGUACGAUACGAGAAGCGUUCAAUGAACUGUUGGCUGAGAAUCAUUGGAUGGAUAAUGAAACUAGAGCCGUAGCUAAAAGCAAAGCUGAUUCCAUGAACGAAAGGAUUGGAUAUCCUGAGUUCCUGAAGGAUCCUGUGGAACUUUCGAAGGAAUACGUGAUGUUGAACAUUACCGAGAAUCAUUUCCUUGAGAAUGUACUGGCUGUGCUGAAAUAUGACGCUUAUCAUAAUCUAGAGAAACUACGGAAGCCAGUUGAUAAAGACAAAUGGUCUACAGAGCCAGCCGUCGUGAAUGCCUUCUAUAAUCCCAAUAAAAACGACAUUGUCUUUCCAGCUGGUAUUCUUCAGCCACUAUUCUACUCUCAGCACUUUCCAAAAUCAUUGAACUAUGGUGGAAUAGGAGUGGUAAUCGGCCAUGAAAUUACUCAUGGUUUUGAUGACAAAGGACGUCAGUUUGACAAAGAUGGAAACAUGAUGCAGUGGUGGAACAACGCCACUGUGAAAGCUUUCAGAGAAAGAGCCCAGUGCAUCGUGGAUCAGUAUUCUAGAUACAAGUUGCAGGAAGUUGAUCUGUAUAUCAAUGGGAGGAUGACUCAGGGAGAGAAUAUCGCUGAUAAUGGAGGACUCAAACAGUCAUUCAGGGCGUAUAAGAAGUGGGUGUCGAUACACGGUGAAGAACCGAUGCUUCCUGGUGUGAAUCUCACUCACGAUCAGCUGUUCUUCUUGAACUAUGCACAGAUAUGGUGUGGAUCCAUGAGACCAGAGGAUGCAUUGACGAAGAUACGAAGCAGCGUUCAUUCACCGGGUCCUAUAAGAGUUUUGGGACCUUUGUCCAAUAGCGAAGACUUUGCCAGGGCCUAUAAUUGUCCUCCAGGCUCACCGAUGAAUCCGACUAAAAAAUGCAACGUUUGGUAAUGUCAGAGUUUUCGAAAGAAGAAAAAUGGUGAAAGGGAAUCUAUAAUUGGGAAUUGCGGUGCCUAGUGCUUUGAAGAGACUAUAAUCAUCGUAUUGUUUGGUAACCACGAUGGGACCACAAAAGACUAUAGAGUUUUAUUUCGUCGUGGUUCACUGUGUGUGAGUCUUCUAGCACAGCAAGAGGGUUAUACUUGACAGUACAGUGUGUGCAUGCGUGUGUAUGAAAGAACGUGCCAGUUAAACAGAAGUCAUCGAGGGUGAAAAGAAUCUGACCACCGUGUGUCAGGCUAAAAUUUUCAUGAGUAAAAGCUGUGUAUAUAGAAGAUACGUUUUAAUCGUGUAUGUAAUCCUUUAUGUGUGAUUCAUCUCGUCGUGGACGAGUCUAAUAAACUUUUCGAUUAAAUUAAAGAGCAAAGCAAGGCGAAAUAGAUAUCAUACGUUUAAUUCCCUUCUCUUUACCUUCAGUCGAAAUUGUUGAAAUUUUAGAGACAUCCUUACUUGCACUCUGCCAUGAAGUUCAUGGUUGGUAGAACCAAAGGUAACUAAAAUAUAUCAUAGUACCUUCUAUUAUACUUCCUUCUUCCUUGCAAUCUUGCUGGAAUUUUGUUUCAUCGGCAGGAACACAGGUAGGUAAUAAAUCCAAUGAUUUUCUCUUCCUAUCUUUUAGAAUAUUUCAUUCAUGCUGCAUUACUCACAUACUGUAUAUCCUAUACCCAGCAUCUAAUACCAAAUUCCCAUAUCUUCCAUCCUAUAGCACAUUUUCCACGUGUUCUUUCCCACAUCUUAUGUGCAUUAUUUAUUAAACCAUAUUCCAUAUCCUCCUGUAUAUUCCAUAUUCUGUUUCCACACCAUUCCCCAUCCUUUACAUUACAAGUAAAACUAUUUUCUGUGUGUCCUGUAUUCUGAUGCAUUUAUAAAUUAUAAAUAAACAAAUACAAAUACAAUUGCAAAUACAAAAAAUGGCCACAAAAAGUCAUUAUGUCCCAUUAAUGGAAUUUGUUCUCCACUGUCAUGUAAGUUUGAACAAAAGUUUUAGAACAAAACCAGAAUCUUGUACCAGGAGAGCAUAACUUGUGAAAAGAUGGCACAGAAGAUUGCAAUUUUGUACCAGGGGAAUGUAAGCGAAAUUUAGAAUAGCUUUCUAAAUGAAUAAAACAGAUUUUUCAAUUUAUUGCAGAUUUACUGAAAUCAUUUUAUCAAUAUACAUACAAUUUACACAAUGAAUGUACAGCUUUUUAUAUUUGAAGCUUCAGUAACAUAGAAUAUGCUUAAUUGUACCGCAGUGUACAAAGUACCCUUAAAUAACUAAUGAAUUAACAAUCAAUGUAACUUGAAUAAUUCAUUGAAAUUUCGCAUAUUUGCAAUUUUUUAGUUUACGCGUGUUAGGAUCGAUGAAAAUUCGAUGUUGCUUCCAAUGGAACUGCUCUGUGCAUUUCUGCAAAAGAAAAUAUGAAAAAAAAAAUUAUUAAUAA